GAUGCUUUCUAACACCAUGCGAGUCUUUCACUGAUGGAGAUAAAUAUUAAUAACUUGAAGUGUUUGUUGGCGCUGCGCUCAUUUCCUCUUUUAUCUCGCGAGCCCAGCUUGGCUUCAAAGCUAACGCUAGCUAGCAGCAGUCAUGUUAGCGAACAGUCAUGCUAACUAACAGUCAUGCUAACUAACAGCUGACCAUGGCAGACUUAUCAACCCUCGAGAGCCUUUUGGAGAUGGGCUUCGACCCAAACAGGGCAGAGAGGGCGGUGGCCAGCACUGACAACCAGGGUAUUGAACAAGCGAUGGACUGGUUAAUGGAGCAUGAGAACGACCCCGACAUAGACCAGCCCUACAAACCUCCAGUAGAGAACAUCCUGGAUGAGCAGCAGGCCAUCACACAGCAGCCUGCACUUGGCGACACAGCUGGAGUUGCCAGUGGAGAAGGCAGCCAGGUUGGUGAUGCUGACACUUCCAUGGCGGCGGAGGAGAAACUAGAGCAAGUCAAGAGGCUAGAGGAGCUGAUGCGGGUGAAGCAGGCGGAGCGGCGAGAGCGAGAGCGGGCGGAGGAGUUGGAGAGAGAAAAGCAGCGCAGGAAACAAGGACAAGAACUGCAACACAUUCGUCAGAAGAUACAAGAUGAUGACAUGAGGAAGAUGGCAGAGCUGAGGAACAAAGAGAAGAUGGAGGACAAGCUGGCCAGGCAGAGGGUGAAAGAGAAGAUCGCACGAGACCGAGAGGAGAGAGCACAGAAGUUUGGAGGCAGUGGAAGUUCCAGCACCAGCAGCUCAGUUCUGCCCAGCCCUCUGCCACCUACCAGAGACUAUGACCAGUCUAGGAUACAGGUGCGUCAGCUGGACGGCACCACCAUCACAGCGGUGUUCAAGGCCCAGGAGCCACUAGCAGCGGUGCGCGUGUACGUGCAGGUGAACGGCAACACCCCGGAGGGUCAGGACUUCACGCUGCUGUCUCCUUACCCCCGUCAUGUCUACACUGAACUGGACAUGGAGAAGCCCCUCAAAGAGCUGGGCUUGGUGCCUUCAGCCGUGCUGGUGGUCACCAAAAAGUGAAGCGUUGAGAAGGGGGAUCUGCUCCGUGAGCCUACCUCACCACAAGAACUGGACUCUGAUGGACAAGAUGUUUGAAGGGGAUGCUAGUGAAGCUAGUUGGCGUCUGACAAGUGAUUCUUCCAUAGUCAACUCUGGUUACUUGUUUAUUUCAAAGGGCCUUACUUUUACUUCACAACAUCCUCAUUGGCUGAGAUUCUACUUUGACAGUUUUGUAAGUCAUGACAUGCAGAAAUGACUUGAAAUAAAGCUGACUUGCAGAGUUGUUGUUUUCCA